AUGUCUACCGAUGGCGGCAAAUAUCUACUCUACCACUACAACCCUUCAUCAGCCCCAGCGGCCAUUUUCAUAGUCUUAUUCGGUAUCACCGCUAUCCUCCACCUUUAUCAAUUAAUCAAGAGGCGAACAUGGUAUUUCAUCCCAUUCGUCAUCGGAGGUAUAUGCUACAUAGGCCGUUUUAUGAAUUCACGGCAAGCAUAUGCGGAAUGGACUCUCGGACCCUAUCUUCUGCAAUCACUUUUCAUCCUUCUUGCACCCGCCUUCUUCGCCGCAUCCAUCUACAUGGUACUUGGUCGCAUCAUCGUCCUCACAGAUGGCGAGCAAUAUUCCCUUAUUCGAGCUCGAUGGUUAACCAAGAUAUUUGUCGCCGGAGAUGUCCUUUCUUUCAUGAUGCAAUCAUCUGGUGGUGGAAUGCUCGCCACUGCGAAGACACCUGAUAGUAUUCAGAGGGGCCAAAAUAUCAUCACUGGUGGUCUCGUUGUCCAAGUUAUCUUCUUCGCCUUCUUUAUCGUCUCGGCUGGAGUUUUCCAUUUCCGAAUUACGAGAGGAAAUGGUGGAUCAGCUGCUGCUGCGGUCCCUUGGCAACAAUACUUGAUGAUUCUAUAUCUCGCUAGUACAUUCAUCAUGAUUCGAUCGCUGUUCCGUAUCGCCGAGUAUGUUCAGGGAAAUGAUGGAUAUCUUUUGUCAACGGAGACAUAUAUCUAUAUCUUUGAUGCUACCCUCAUGUUCAUUGUUACGGUUAUCUUUAAUGUUCGUCAUCCAAGUGCUAUCAUUCAAGGAAAGGGUCAGCAAUACCAUGCAGCAGCUCCCACAGGAAGCAGGGAUGGUUACGCUAUGGAGGAUAGAACCCCUUCCGCGGGCAAGUAUCACAAUCGUCAAUAUACUCGAGAAGAGGUUUAG